AUGACGCCAACGGCCACCCCGGCAGUUGCUCCGAGAGAGACGUCUGACGUAUUGGCGCCGACCGGCUCACUCGCCUCCGGCAUCGGGUCUCGCAAGCCGCACGAGUUAGGUUGGCAUGAUGACUGUUUAUGCAUUUCUGAUUCGUACGAUGUCAUCAUCUAUGUUGACGAAAGACAGGCGGACAAGUUCUCGAUGAACGAGAUUAAGAAUCGACUGAAAUAUGACACGAGCAAUUUUGGUCAGGAGUAUCAUGCCUUCCACCACCGAGACCCUUUCGACUUGAUUGGCUAUGUUUUCCUUCCCUCGCCCUCGCCCUCGCCUGGGCAGGUCUCCGUCCCGGCCGCUUACAUGGAAGCCAAACAGGUCACAGAUGUUACUCGCGCACGGAGGCCCACGUCACUGCCCAAGCGUCAAAGUAGCGGGGGAGCCAUGGGUAAAAUCCUGCAGUCCGCUACAGUCAAUGAAACGCUUGAGCAGCUGGACCUCGGCAUGAAAGGUCCAGCACUGAACGAGCAAGCUUGGUGGCGAAGCCACAUCUUAAGCUAUCCCGGCGAAAAGCUGUCGUACUACGGCGCUGAGAACGAGCUUGGUGAGGUGGGCCACCCCUACUAUCACGGCCAGCAUCUGGGUCAAGAUCAGGUCAUCUAUCUCAUAGACACAAAGCCAGACUUAACCGACAAGGAACUCGUCUCCAUGGAUGCAGAAGCUCUGCCAGACCUCCCCUUCAGAAUCUCCCCCGGUAUACCGAGUAGCCACGGAACCUCCGUGGCCGGCUUGAUGGUAGGUGCGAAGACGGGAAUUGUGCCACGCGCGAAGAUUGUGUACCCGCCCGAUAACCAGCACCUCACCUCGAUGCACUUGUUCCUUCCGAGGUUGCUUCAGGUCGUUAACCAUCUGGAAGCAAACAAAGAGCUGCAGGGCCACUGCGUGAUCAAUAUGCCAUGGGGCUUCCCGAAAUCGGACCAGAGUACAACUAUGAGGGAAUGGGGCCGCGUCCUGGGCAAGCUUCUUGUAUAUCUCGAGCGCAGACUCAAAUGCGUUCUUGUUACCUUGGCAGGCAAUUUCAGGGCUAAAUGGCCCGACGCCAAGACCCAGGACUACUACCCCAAUCUCCUUCAACAUGAGAAAAAGGGACUCAACAUGUUAAUCUCGGGCGCAACUGGCAGGCAAGGUUACCUCUCCUUGAGGUCGCAAGGUGCCGCCUCGCCCACCUGCCUCAGUAACUACGGCAAGCUCUACACCGGCUAUUAUUGCCAGCCGACGCACAAGAGCGUGCCGCCUGGUCACGACGAUCCGGCACACACCCGGCCGGCGCCGAUGUGGACCACGACCGGGACGACUCGGUCCACGCAGGCCCUUGACGGCGGUCUCACAAGCCUGCCACCUCUCACUAACACUUACACCCCCGUGACGGACUGUGCCGGCAAGGUCAAGCCGACGACGAUAUCCAACAGGUCGGGUGGAAGGAUGGCCUGCGUCACCAGCAGCUACUGCUCCAGCUAUCCAGCGCCGACCCCGACAGCAACGGCAACGGAUAUGCUUUGCCAGAUCAAUCGCGAUGCAAAGACUAUCCCUGCCCAGACGGCGAGUACGGCUGGUGCAGCGGCGGCCACUGCAAGUGCAGAGACCGGAAGCCCGCCGAAACGCAAGAGUGCCUCAGCAACCAACACUGCCAGAGCUUCGCCUGUGGCGGAGAGAAGCUUCUGUUCUGUGACAGGGGAUGCUGCGGCUGCAAGAACAAGCCAUGUUCCAGCGUCGGGGACUGCUCUGGCUCCUGCAGCUGGGACGAGAGGGCCACCUGCAGCUCCAGCGGCUGCACGUGCCCGGCCGUUUCUUUCUCCAUGA